AUGGAACAACAUAAAGCAACCACAACACAUGGAUUACCUCAAUCACCUUCAUUCAAAAUAAAAUCAACGAAAGCAAGCAAAAAUGAUGACCAAGCGUCGUCAAAGUGUAUAAAGUUUCUCAUUAAUCUACUAAUUUAUGCUACAUGUAUACUGUCGUUAAGUAUAUCGGUGUAUCUAAGUUAUCGUCAUCAACAGCUAGAAAGUAAUGUUAGAAGUUUAAUGUAUUUAGAUAAGAGAGUGUCGCAAAUUGAGUAUGAUUUGGAAGAAUUAACGCGAACGCAAACCGCUUUUAGCGAGGAUGAGCGACGUGAAACGGUCAGCUUUGAUGAAACAAUUGUGAAAAAACUGCCGGUUCACGUUUAUAGUGAAAUUUCGCGUCUUAAACGUGACGUAUCAAACCUCAAAACAGCGCGACGGCAAAGGCAAACCGCCAUACAACAAUCACCGAAUGAAAAUUGCAUGUGUCCGCCAGGUGAGUCAUGA